UUAAAGUUUAAAAGUCACCAUCCGUUUGACGUUCUCCCACUUUGUUGAUUCUUCCCCACCUUCGAUAAAAGUUUACACACGUGUUGCAGGGAAGGAGGCGCAGUAUUUGUUAUAGGUUUAUUUCCGCAUGGUUUUGCUAGGUGAUUGCACAGAUAUAAUUUAGUAUAUAUUUUGUUCAAUACCAAGUAUUUAUUACAUAGACUGAUAAGGAAACUUAAUUGUGAUAACGUGAAAAAUGGUACAAAACGAGUCAGUCAGUGAUAUCGAGGAAUUUUCUGGAAGUUCUAAAACUCCAGCUAAAGGAAUUCCAGAAGGAAAAUAUCAGCUCGUAGGUUUAGGGAUCGACACAACGGGUAGUAGAUUAAUAGACGAAAUAGUACAAAUAGCAGGGUACACAAGUGCAGGACAGUUUUCUCAAUACAUAAUGCCCUUUUCUGAUUUAAAUCCUGCUUAUAAGAGACGUCAUCUGUUACGGGUCGUAAAUUUAGGACGAUAUCGAAUGCUCAAAGACAUGAAAACUAAUAAAUUCAUCAAAACCAAGAGCGAAAUUUCAGCUUUAACUGACUUUAUAGACUGGUUAGAAACUGUACGGAGAGAUGCAACAGAUGGGAUUAUCCUUGUUUAUCACGAAUUUCGUAAAACUACCCCUGCCAUGCUGCUAGAAGCUCUGCACCGUUAUAAUUUAACCGAUAAAUUUAAAAGUGUAGUUAAAGGAUUUGUAAACAGCUUUUAUGUUGCUGAGAGCAAAUGCAACAAAACUAUGAAAUCAUUCACCUUGAGAAUGAUGGCUCAAGUAUUACUUAACAGAGAAGAUGAAUUUACCAGUGCAACUGAUAGAGCAAAAGCCAUUUAUGAAGUUGUGAUUCAUUUGGGACAGGCCGAAAAGCCAGAUCUGCACUCUCAGGGGAGUGGAGAUUCUAGUGGGGCUGAAAAGCAUCUUAUUGAUUUUAUCAGGCCUUUUACCAAUCCAGUUGAUGCCGAAGAAGAUGAAAUUGCUGGCUUUAAGAAGCUUCUACAACGGCAAAAUACAUUCAAGCCAGUUUUUGGGGCCCUCUUAAGGGCAACGAGAUCCGAAAGAGUUCACGCCAGCCAUUUGCGUAGACUUUUGGCAGAAAAUAAUAUCGAUUAUGAAAAAUUAAAAACAGCUUACCAAACCAGCGCAAGGCAGGGCAUUGAAAAAAUCCUCAAGGAUGAGGUACCAAAUGCAAAGGAAAAAGACAUAACAGAGUUAUUAGAAAUUUUGGAUUGUUUCUUUGAUCCUGACAAGAAAGCUGUUCAGCCAAAGCCCCGUUUCUUUUCGAAUCAACGCAGAGUGCCUAGAAGCAGAAAAUUCUCAGACAGAGAAAAAACGAAAAAUAACAACGUUUCUUCCGCCAACAAUAGUUCAGAAACGACAAGUGCCAAUUUAAGUAACGAAGCGACACCCAGAACUGAAGAAACAACCACUGUGGAAAAUAAUUCUGCAGCCGAACCUCCCGUCCCUGUAGCGGCUGCAGUUCAAUAAACAAUACUCGGUGCCUUAGAACUUUUUAAAUAGAUUUUCAUGUUAUAUUGCUUUUGUGCAUUUACUUUUUUAUUUAUUACGAUUGAUCCAUUAAUAUGUGAUUCGCGUUAUCAGAAUUUGAUGUUUAUGUUGCUUUUUUUAUUAGAAGAAAAAUUGGAUGGAUAUAUUUAAUUUUAUUAUUUAUGCUCGUUAUAACUGUUGAAUAGUAUAUUUUGUUUGUUGAUGAUUUAUUAUUAAUCAGUGAUAAUUUUUAAUUUGUGAUAAUAAAAAUGUCGUUUAUAAUUUUA